AUGGCUUGUAACGGAGAUAAGUUUUUCUUCUUCAAAAUAAUAUUCGUCCUGUACUCAGUAGCAAACUCCUACGGAUACGUUUGCCAAGGUGGAUGGUAUGGUCUUGAAUGCAAAUUAAGGUGCUUUGGACACUGCAGAAACAAUGCUUUUUGCAACCACGUGACUGGUCAAUGUGACAAUGGAUGUGCUGAGGGAUGGAAAGGAAUAUAUUCAGAGUGUAAAGAUGGAUAUUAUGGCUUGGAUUGUAAAUUCAAAUGCAGUAGUCACUGUCAGAAUAACGGUCCCUGUAACAAAAAAACUGGACACUGUGACGAAGGUUGUGAAGCAGGAUACACUAAUCUAUUAUGUAACAGCGUGUGUCCUUCCGGGUAUUUCGGGAACCGAUGUAUGGAACGCUGUAGUGCAUAUUGUUUGAAUGACAUGGUAUGUAACCACGUAGACGGAGUCUGCGCAGACGGAUGUGACGAUGGGUACAUAGGAGACAGAUGUGACAAAUUGUGUAAAGGAGGAUAUUAUGGUAGAAAUUGUUCUCAGAAAUGCUCUCCAAAAUGCAUCGACACAUGUCAACACACUGACGGCUCUUGUACUUGUUCCUUUGGUUGGAUGGGCAUUAACUGUAACCAAGAUUCUACAGAUUCUGUUCUUCCGAUUCCUUUGAUCUGGUUUCUAGGACUCCUCCUGUCAGUGGUUCUGAAUCUGUGUUUUGUACUCAUAGCAGGUUUUAAACACUUCAGGUAA